AUGUCUCCGGAAGACUACCGCCGGGCCAUGCUAGUUUAUACCAUGGACCAAAUGGCCGCGUUUAUCAUGUCAGACAAGGCAACUCGCGGUACUACAUCAGCAGCCUGCAGCGCCAACAAUACCAACAAUAGCAGUUUUGUCAGCGCACCGACUGCCCGUGGUAGUGGUCGACUAGUAACAACCUUGGCCUCUCUGCCUGAGCCACGUAAGAACGACCACGGGAGACGUCCUGCCAGUGAGGGCGCGAUGAGACAUGCCCUCAAUGCACAGAUGUUAGCGCCUCAGGGCUGGUCAUGGCAUCUCACUAUUGGACGUUAUUCAAAUCACGUGAAAAGAUCGCGAUGGAAGACAGGUCAUGAACUCCAGGUUGACCCAUUAGAACCGUCCGAGGUGAAACGGGUAGCGCGAAAGGAUGCGAGAAACAGAGAUGCCACAUACAUGACAAAAAUCGGCAUGUUAACUCCAGUGCAGUGUUUCGAGGCCGCGAUUGAGGAUGCAACCAAUACGAUUCUCAUGGAACUCGAUGGGGAGCUCGUGUUGGAUGAAGAAACAAUGGCGUCUACUGCACGGGAAAUGGAACUUUGA